CUAGUGCAUUUCAACUAUGGAUAUGGUUUCUUAUCCCCAACAAUCUUACCUCCCUUUUCCAACUCCUACUAUCUCCAUCACACACUCAAACCUCCAAUGACAGCCCUCCCCUCUCUCUCCCGCCUCAAACUCACCCCUCCACCGCUCUCCACCACCAAUGCCGCCGCUCUCCCACUAUCCUUUCCCCUCCAACCCCAUCUUCCCCUCUCACUCAGAACCUCCACCACCUUCUCACUCUCCGCCACCCUCGAGAGCCGCCAGCCCGCCCCCUCGCCGCCCAAUCAAGAAUUCUCUGACUAUGAUGAAGACGAGACCUACGGCGAAGUCAGCCGGAUCAUCGGCAGCCGAGCCCUCCCGGGCGGGCGUGGGAUGGAGUACCUGAUCGAGUGGAAAGACGAGCACGCCCCGACGUGGGUCCCCUCCGACUUCAUCGCCCGGGACGUGGUGGCGGAGUACGAGACGCCGUGGUGGAACGCCGCCAAGAAGGCCGAUGAGGCCGCCCUCGGCCAGCUGAUAGCCUCCGGCGACGGGAGGGACGUGGACGCCGUCGACGCCGACGGUCGCACCGCCCUCCUCUUCGUGGCCGGCCUCGGCUCCGAGGCGUGCGUGCGCCUGCUGGCCGAGGCCGACGCGGACGUGGACUACCGUGACGUCAGCGGAGGCCUCACGGCGCUCCACAUGUCCGCGGGCUACGUGAAGCCGGGCGUGGCGAAGCUGCUGGUGGAGUGCGGGGCGGACGUGGAGGCGGUGGAUGAUCGGGGGCGGACGGCGCUGCAGCUGGCGCGGGAGAUAUUGAAGUCGACGCCGCAGUUGCAGUUCGCUCGGAGGAUGGGGCUGGAGAGCGUGGUGGGGGUGCUGGAGGGGGCUGCGUACGAGUUCGCGGAGGUGGAGGAGGUGGUGGAGAGGAGGGGGAAAGGGGAGAAUGAGGAGUAUCUGGUGAGGUGGAAGGAUGGAGGGGAGAAUGAGUGGGUGAAGAAGAGGUAUGUGGCGGAGGAUUUGGUGGCGGAUUUUGAGGCGGGGCUUGAGUAUGCGGUGGCGGAGGGGGUGGUGGAGCGGCGGGAGGGGGAGGAAGGGAAGGUUGAGUAUUUGGUGAAGUGGGCGGAUAUUGAGGAGCCUACUUGGGAGCCUCAAGAAAAUGUUGAUCCUGAUUUGAUCAAGGCGUUUGAACAACUGUAGAUCCAUUUCUAGACAUCUGUGGACUGGAGCUGGAACCAACUGCAACAACAAUGUUGUAGGAUCUUCAUCCUAUGUUCCCAACACCUUUGCGAUGACAUCGUUGUCAAGGGUCAUGCCUCAAGCUGAGAAACUCGAAAAUUUCAUAGAUUCAGACUUCUAACAUUAGAAAAAAAAAGAUUUUCUAUCCAAUUAAGUUUUAUGUUUCCAACUUCCCAGAUUAGGGAUACACUUGUGUGUUGGAGGAAGAGAUGGACUUAACUCUUGUAUUGUCUUUGACAUGUGGAGUCAAGAGCUAUGUUUUGAUGAGAAUGCUACAACUAUUCUGUUUUA